AUGGCGUCAACUACCACCACAAAGGACAGCACAAACUGCCGCCUACUCGAAAUGCCUGCUGAGCUUCGCAACAACAUCUACCGCUUUACACUAUGCGAACACACAACUCAGAUCACCCAAACUACGUUCCAGCAACCGGCCCUCCUCGCGACCUGCCGUCAAACUCGCAAGGAAGCAUCAAUAAUCUACUACUAUGAGAACGACUUCGACAUUCAUGUCCACAAUUUCGACCCAGCUGUAGCACGUUCCUGGCACCAGCACGCACGGCCAUUCUUCCGAAAGCAGACCCCAAAGUCUAGCAUAAUUUUCGGUACGGUCGAUCCGCGGAGCUGGACCAACCUGAUGCGUUGGAUCAAGCUCCAUGUGUCGCGCGAAGCUGUUGGCAUUGCACAAUGCGAGCGAAAUGACCCGGACUCGAAUGUUGCAGGAGGUGCAAUGAAGAUCGCGCGGGAGCUCUAUGCUGUCGAGACAGACUGGGAAAUGAUCGAGAAGGUGCUCGAGAUUUACAAGGUCAGCACUAAGUACACUAUCGACUGGGAAGACUAG